GAUUUACUCGCAACGAAAUCGUGACGAUGACAUUCUCAGCUCAUUAGUUAUGUUUUGUAAACAGUAGACUGUGACCUGUCGGACCAGACUUCACCAGGCACUAAAUCUCGAAGGUUUCAACUCCGUGUUUGCGAGGCGGCCUCUCGCCGACAAUCCUCAUUCACUGGCCGUCUUUGCCACAGAUAAUACACUUGUCUUUCCCGCUUGCCAGUUGACAUUCGCCUGUAGCGCGGUUAACACGCGUCGCGACCAAUCGUCCAAGACACGUACGAUUCAAUUUUCGUAUUGGAAAUUUUGAAUCGUCACGUUACGUCCGCGAAUUUUAACGAAAAAAUAUUAAUCGCAUGUGAAUGAUGCUAUGAGAUUGUGAUUCGUUUAAAUUCAGUGGCUGUUUGUUGUUUUAUUUUGUUUGUUUUGUUUACCGAAGUACAGUAAAAGUUUCAAUAACUGUUCGGAGUCCAUGUGAAAAGUGGAAGAAACCCGGAAGGACGGGUCCGCUCUCCCCUGCUUGCUUCCGCAACAGAGCCAUGACGGUGAAGAAGACAGCUCGUUCAGGCGGUCUCGCAGCGCUGGUCGCCCGACAAAAGCUUCAUUCCAACCAGCUAUUAGAAGUCCUAGGGCUCAGCAAGCCUCCCUACACCUACAACAUCCUCGUCGGCUUCAACGAGAAGGACCAACUCCAAUUGCUAACCAAAUACGAACACGCUGACGAUGAGAAACAAUCGCUAAUCAAAGAUUUUACCGACUACAAAUCUAAGAUUGAGAAUAUCAGUAUUGAUGACAUUGCCAACUGCGUCAACGUUGAGACCUACCCGAAUGGCGACAACACUUUAGUCUUCUACGUCAUAAAAAAUGCAGUCAAAGAGGCGGUAGCUUUGAAAUUCGAAAACGAGCAAGACUUCAAGAGAAUAUAUUUCACUUACAAAUAUUUCAAAAUGAGGAAUCGCCUGACGAAAAACACGGUCAACACGAACGAGGGCUUGUUCGCGAAAAAGAAGACCCACCACGACAUAUUUAAAAACAGUAAGAACAGCGACGAUUAUGGAAUCUUCGAGAAAGGCAAAUCCGAGUAUGACCUGAUGCGUACAACUGAUAAUGACGGGGUCACACAUAUCGCUGUUCACCAGAAACAUUUGAAUACGAGGUUCGAUCAACCUAUGAGUAUAAUAGGUAUUAAAAACGAAGUCGGCAAUGUAGACGAGAUUGAUAGUAUUAUUUAUACAGACAUAGAUGUGCUAGCUAAGCCAGACAAGAAGAGAUUAUUUCAGAAGAAACCGAAAGCACCACAGCCCCCAGCGCUGAAUAAAGACGCUAAAGUUUUGAAAGGUGAAUUCGUGCGUGUUAAUGUCGAUAGAGUUCCAGACGUGAUCCCAAAGGACAACAAAGCUAAUAAAGUACCGGAUAUCUUGAUAUUCAAAGAAAAUAAACAGAAAAAGAUCAGUCCCCCGAGCAAUUUAUGGUCGGCCAGUAAUAAAGUGGUCAACGGGUACGAGUCUGAUCGAGAGGAGUGGAGGACGAGUCGCUCCCAGUUCUCGACGACGGCUUUCGACAGUCUGGCGAGACCCACGAAAAUGGCUAUGGCGCUCACCCUACGGAAGCCGCAGAGAGUCGAACCCGUGCCGUACUACCGGCUCCCAAACGAGCCGAAGCCAAAACUAACACCGGUCCCCUUCAGGCCGAAUAAUUUCGUCCAAAGAGCGCCCAGGCUACCCAGGCCGAGUCCAGAACCAAAACGUAACUUACUCAACACCGAACACAGGAAGUUCACGUCGUUACAAAACUUAGAACUGCCGAAGAAACUCAGCGAAGCCCCCAAGAAAACAGAAACGAAAAAGAUUAAUAAUUACGCGAACCUGACGAAUAAAAUAACCGGGAUCACGAGUAAACUGCGGGAUUUGGGCAACCAUAGCAACACGCUGGGCAGAUUCAGGGCCCAGUCUCACGGGGACGUCGCCAAUCUGAAGCCAGUAUUGAAAACGAACGCCAUAGAUGGAGGGAAACGCUCCGUCGUAAGGACUUGCAGUGUAGAGCCACCAAAGAAGGUUACAUUUAGCGCUUUCGCUACAGUCCAAGUAGUCUAAUUAAAAUUUGAACCCAAAACAAUUAUUUAUCAGCUUCCAAUAAUAAUUAAGGUUUCAUAUUCGCGCGUUUCUGUUCCGUAGUCUUAAUGUAAUUUAUGAUUUUAUUUUUAAUGUUUGGCAAGGCCGGGCUCUGUGUAAAUAUAUCGUUUGUAUUUCGUAAUUGUAAUUGUAUAUUGUAAUUUUAUUGUAUUUAUACUGUCAUGUUACUUAUUUUUUGUCAUCGUAUAGGCGAUUUAAUUUUUCCUUUAAAUGUUGUUCGAAUGACUUUAAGAGGCAUGUGGCUAUGGUUUCCAAAACUACUAAGAAAGAUUGAGAGCCACUGGCUUAAACUAAUACGGUCUUUGUUGUUCGUUUGAGUCAAAAAAAUAUAGUCUUAAAUGCUCCGUAUGAGCAUGUAAUGUAAGGCAAUUAAAACUCAACCGUCUUGUAUGCCUAGAAGGACAAGGAAAUAGAUCCGUCAGCUACCUUUAUAUCACAAUACGAGAACUUUAUUACUCAAAAAAUUGAGUGAAUAUUUCAGGGCGUAUUUAAGUCGUAGUCUCUUUUUUCUAUCAAAACUUUUAAAUGCGCAAACACAACUAUUGGUUAUCGUUAGAAUUCUUACAUGAUCUGAACAUUGGAAUGUUUUUUUUACGCGACAAUCCUAUCUUGAUAGUCUAUUAUCUAUAUUGUCUAUGUUGUCUAUGUAAGUAAACAUUAAUCGUUUGGGUUAUGGCUUAGGGACUGUCUACUUUUGAGAAGCCGUUGUUUGAGUUAUAUAGUUACUUUUAUUCAUAGUCUAACCUUUUAUUUUCUAUAGCCGCAGACACGGGCCCAAUGUACUCUUACGUCAUCGUCAACAAUACGUAAUCUUUCUAUUUCUUAAAUGUCAAAUGUCAUUUUAGUAAUUUGUCGAAUAGUUUCUAUGCUUCGAAUGGUCAAUUACGCGGGUAUCCGUUGAUUUCCAUAUUUAAAUUCAUUUGCAUAGAUUAUCUUUUGUAGUGAUGUGGAUGAGAUAUAUAAUUGAAAAUAAAUUAAAAAUCCGCUUAGAGAUUUGAAAGGAAGAUUUGAGAGAGGAAGUUUGAAAAGUUUGAAAGGUAUUUAGUACUAGAUGCAGAGUUGCGAAAAAUUAUUAUAACGGUGUUGGUGACGUCAUCGCCUUCAAAGCGCGAGAGGUGUGAGAGAGAUAGGGAGAUAAUUGCAGAACGCACCAUCACGCUUACCUUAAUUUUCAUAGUUAUGUCUUGAGACGCACAGUCUUCGCAGUUUCAAAAUAUUCAAUCUUAUAUUUCGUGAAAUGCUCAAAUGAAAUGCCACCAAUCUUAGUAAGAUUGUUGUCGGUCAGUUUCGCUCUGAAACGUAAAAUUCACAAAAGAAAUUAUUAAUAUUUAUUGUUAUUUAUUUAUCGAAUGUGAAUAUUAUAGACAGUAAUAACGCGAUUUGGAAAAUUGGCGUUCUUCAAUGGGAAUUGUUUUCGCUUCAGAAUGUACCUUUUGUAUUUUUAAGUUCUUUGAUGCCUUCACCUCGAUGCUCAUUAAAAAAAAACACGUAUACUGUUAUUAUUUACGGCUAACGGUUACUCGACUUUUCAGUCUCUUUAAUUGUUUCAAGAUUAUCUUUUCAGUAAAAUUUGCUAAGGGUCAAUGAACUUUACAACUACGAUGAAAAUAAUAAUAUAAUAUAUUAUUAUAACUUAGUAUCUUUUAUUAAUGUUUUUAUGGUUUGUGUCUUAAACUUUUUUUUAAUGAUUGUAACUUAAGUAUGUCUUUUAAUUAUUUUAUUGAUUGGUUUCUUAAAUGAUUGUUCUAGACUUUCUCGUGUGACAUCUAGUCUGUAAAAUAUAAUUGGAAAAAAGUCAAUUCGAAUACAAAAAUGUUGUUUAAAAAUCUUCUUUUUUAAAACAUAAGCUUCUUUGGAGUUAAAUUUUGACAUAUUAUUUGUUUGGAGAAAUCUAAUUUAUGAUUUUAUUGUUUUUAAUGUAUUAUAUUAUUUACGGAUUAAUUAGUACAGGGCGUAUGUAAGUAAUAUCAUUAAAUUGUAAAAUGUAGAACAUUACAUAAGUUUAUAUAAUAGUUUUAUUAUCAAACGUUGAAUGUGAUUUUAAAUAGUGUGUGCUUUUUUUUAAUUUUAAUUUCUUGCAACACUGUUGUGUUUCGUCUGUAUUUCGAAUAAAAAGUAAUUAGUCACUAUACAUAUUCCAUAGAUCCAUAUUCUCUAUACUAGCUAGACGCGGCCCGUCACUAUAAUGACAUUUUCAUUUUAUUUAGUUUUACUAUAUCAAUACGUAUUUUUAUCAAUGGAUUUUCUCUCACACAGACGCAUGCGGGCGCGUAAACAAGAAUAUCAGUUUAUUUAUAUGAAAAAAAACAAAUAUAUAUUUUUAUUCUUUUAGAUACAUACUUUAUUUAUUGUAAUUAUUUCUGUAAGGGAACGCUGACUUCCGUAACUCUAUGCAAUGUAUUAUUGUACCUAAAUCUUAAGAAAGAAACUGCGUGCGUUCCACAGCUUCUCGUAAAGUUAAUGCGGGAAAUUUGAAAAAAAAAAACUAUAUAAUAUAGGUGCUAUGUAUUCGAUUAAUUCUUUUUUUUUUUGGUUUGGCAACUCAUUUAGUAAUACCAAUUUCAAGAAAAGACAUUUUAUCUAACGCUUGCGUUUGCUUUAAAUUUUACGAUUACCAUACUCUGUUUAAAUUAUUAUACAUUUUAUUAAAAAAAUAAAAUUAAAAUAUUUCACGGUAACGAUUUGAGGAUUCAUAUUAUUGCGGAUAGAUGUCACUGCAAGUUACACUCUCACAGAUCGGUGUGCUUAGUGCGAGUUUUUUAACGUUCUCGAUAGCGUAAAAGUUAGCUCAUAUUUGUAUGAAAUGGGAUCGUUUGCGUACGUUUGCCGCUAGGGGCGCUGUUCCAACUGCAUACAAAAUUGAGUUAACUUUUACGUUAUCGAGAACGUUAAAAAACUCGCACUAAGCACUCGGUACAUAGAACUUUCUCGAAGUUUUUCACUCAUUUCUGUUUAAAUGUUGCUAUAUGUUGUUCCAUUUGAAAUGGUCCAGUUAAAAUUGUACGAUUACCAUACUCUAUUUAAAUUUUUAUAUUUAUUAAAAAAUAAAAUUAAUAAUAUUCUUACGAUAACGAUUCGAGGUUUGACUUUAUUGCGGAUAGAUGUCACUGCAAGUUACACUCUCACAGAUCUGUACACAGAACUUUCUCGAAGUUUUUCGCUCAGUUGCUACUAAAAUGGUCCAGUUGGACCUUAAAUCUCUAAAAACAUUCGGAUACUAUUUAUAAUCUGAUGGUCCCACAAAACUAUACGGUUCAUUGUACAAUAAACGUUUAUAAGAUAAUAUUUCCCUUACUUCGAGUUUUUUAACUUUCUCGAUAGCGUUUUUUUUUUCUACCUAAGCUGAGAGCCUUGAAAGGUUAUAUCAGCGUCGCCUUAACUAGUAGGUGAGCUCACGGGGCUCAAACUUGAUGACGUUGCUAACACGAACCCUAGCAAGAGCCGUGCUUCGUAGAAUCUACCACCGGAUCGGAAACGCGACCCACUGAGAAGAUCCGGCGAGAAACUCAGUGGGCUGUGUCUGUGGGCUAAUUUACUCGCCGAGCCCUUCGUCGCAAGCGACGGGUUCGACGAGAACGAUGACCGGCCCGAUAGCGUAAAAGUUAACUUAAAUUUGUAUGGAGUUGGAACAGCUUCCCUUCGUUUGCCGCUAGAGGCGCUGUUCCAACUUCAUACAUAUUCGAGUUAACUUUUACGCUAUCGAGAACGUUAAGAAACUCGCACUAAGCACACCUUAUACAGGUGGCGGUUUAUUGUUUAAUGAGCUUGUAUCACUUGGUUAAUGUAUUCGAGUCGUCUAAUUAACUCCUGCAGCCACUAAUCUUCUGACUGAAUCUAUGCGUGUGGAACUUCAAAAUCAAGAUUAAAAUUAUCAGUUGUUGUUUGUUUAUUGAAAUUGUCGCACAAAAUCGGGUGUACAAACUAGUUUAACUUGUUCGCGGAUAAGACGCGUACUAAUUCGUAACGGCUAUAAUGAUAACGAGAUUAUUAUGGAUCUAUGUGUUAUUUUAAAGUUUGUUUUCAUUAAAUUUUAAGUGAAUCUUUUGGGCUGUCAGUAUUUGUGUUGCAAUUUGGUUUAUAGGUAAUUUUUUUUCUUUUUUUUUAUUGCCUUUGUAGGCAGACGAUCGUACGGCCCACCUGAUGGUAAGUGGUUACCGUCGCCCAUGGACUUCAGCAAUGCCAGGAGCAGAGCCAAGCCGCUGCCUACUCGCGGUAAUACCAUUUAAUUUUCAGGUGCAGUUAGUGUCCGGGAUAAUAUUUCAUAUUUGGGGUCUGCAUGCGCUCUUGCCUUAUGUACAUUUAAGGCAGCCGGUGUUUUUUAAGGUAACAAAAGCAAACUUCAGGGUCGUUGGAUGUAGGAAAUUUGUGGUUAAUUAAUUGAUUUGCACAUUACAACGGAUAAAAUUGAGGCCGUCAGCGCAAAAGCGGCCUUACCCACAAUUUUUCAUAUUCGCGCUUAUACCUAUACUAGCGACCCGCCCUCGCUUCGCUUCGGAAACAUUAAAUUUUAUUAUUAAUAGUUAAGUCCCGCGAUGUACGCGGUACGACAAUAACUGCGGGUGACGCCGGCGAAGCGGCGGGCGAAGCUAGUCUAAGAAAAGUAGCCUGAGUUACUCCUUAUAUCAUCAGCUAUCUGUCAGUGAAAGUCCCGUCAAAAUCGGUCUAGCCGUUCCAGAGAUUAGCCGGAACAAACAGACAGACGGACAGACAAAUAUUGUAAAAAAUGUUAUUUUGGUGUAUGUACCGUAUAUGCAUGUAGUAAAAAGCGGUUAUUUCAAUAUUACAAACAGACACUCCAAUUUUAUUUAUAUGUAUAGAUUGCAAUAUAUUUAAAACAUAUCAAAUAAAUUUACAAAACCGGCCUAUCCCUAGUCUCACCCAUAGAGAAAAGAUGUCUUUGUAAACACUAUUUUUGCACGUAUUAUUUUUGUCUACGAAGUAGUUAGUGUAAAAGUAAAUUCAAACCUCAUUAUCUCCAUACUAACUAUGAUAAGCUUAAUGCACUUUUGUACUGACGACCUCAAUUAAACAUAGAGUAGUACUUUGUAGGUAUCUAUGAUGCCGGCGUUGCCAAAUUGAAAUACAUAUCGACGCUUGAAAGGCAAACGUGACUAAGCGACAAUAACUGCUUUAAACAUAAAUGAUAGGCAAUAACCAUAUUCGAUGCGCAAAAAAAAUAUUAUGUUUCUAGGUCUAUUAAAAUCAUUUCAAUCCUACAGCUAGAUUCGUUAAAAUAUUUUUUUUUCAGGUGUUUCAACUUUAAAUUAGUCUACUGCCAAGUUCACGCAUUGUCGCUUAGUCACGUUUGCCUUUCAAGCGUCGAUAUGCACAUACAGAGCUAUAAUAUUACUUAUGCGAUUCUUGUUAAAACUGAACUGUGUUUGAGAAAAUUCAUUUAUCUAUAUAUAUAUAAAAUGAAUUGCUGUUCGUUAGUCUCGCUAAAACUCGAGAACGGCUGGACCGAUUUGGCUAAUAUUGGUCUUGAGUUAUUUGUGGAAGUCCAGAGAAGGUUUAAAAGGUGAAUAAAUAAGAAAAUGCUCGGAAUUAAAUAAAAAUAACAAUUUUGUUUUCCCUUUGAUUGUCCCCCGUCGGACGGAUUCCUUUUGUUUGUUUUACGUUUAUUUUAUACAAAAGCUUAGGUCUUUUAUUUAUCGAUUGAGGCACUACAAAGUCUGCCGGGUCAGCUAGUUUCUUAAUAGUUAUUAGUGAGAUGUUUGCUUUUACUGAUUCUCUUUCCCCUGAAGCUCUUCACCCAACCUAUGCAAUAAAAAUGAAAAUAAAAAUUCUUUAAUCGAGAACAAGUAUAUAAUUGUAAUAAGAUAUUGAAUUUACAAAUUCUUCACCUGAAAAAUUACAUAAUUUGCAUAAGUGACGUUAUAAUAAUAUAUGCACUGUAUGUGCGAUAUAUCAACACAUAAAAUAAAUGUAAUAAGAGCAUUGUAUCAUAGAACGUAAGUAACUUUAGGUAAUAAUAUUAAUUGUAAAUUAAUAAGUAAUAUGCGUGUUGUAAUUUUAAUUGUAAUAAUCGUUGUAAAAUAUUUUACUUGUUUAAACUUAAUAUUGUUUUCAUUAAUAAAAAUGUUUGUUUUGA